AUGUUUGAUGUGGUAUGGGCCAACCCCAACCGGGAGCUGGUCGGCCAGAGAAAGGCGCGAAAGGAGAAGGAGAAGGAGCAAAAAGACACAUGUAGCAGCGGCGGCCGCUCAACAGCAUCGGCGGAAACAGAGACCUCGUCACUUCGCAACAGGAAGCCGCAGAGCUUUCUAGAGUCCAUCCGCUUCAAGAAGAAGAAGCUAAAGCAAGACGCGCCGUCGGUAUCUACGAGCUCACGACUUUCCGGACUCAGUGAUACGGGUGGCGAUCGAGACUCCGUACUGGCACCACCGAGCCUUGCAUCAUGUCUGGGCCGGUCUGCUUCGGUGCAGUAUAGAGACAGCAGUGGCGACGGUACCGGAAGCAUUGCCAGCGGUCAGCAGAGCAGCUCACAGAACAGAUCGAAAUCACCGCUUACACCGUCGAGCUUAGCCUCGUCUCGCCGAAAGAAGAAGCGGGUGAAUCCUCCCGACCUAAAGUUGCAGGCCCGUCACACAUUGGGCAAGCCAAUUGAGUCCUUUGGUACACCCGACAUGCCUGACAUUCGGCCGCUCUCCGUUCGAAGUUCAGCAACAUCCUGGAACGCUAGAUCAUCAUGGGAAAAUAAGAGUCUUCCUAGCAUCAGCCUUCCGACACCCCUCAAAGUUGGCAUCAAAACGCCACGGUCACCGAAAUCCCCGUCCAAUACUAUCCGCUCCUCGCCCAUGGUUGCCACAGAAGAAACAAGCCCGUCCAGCGUCACAGCACGGGAAAACGACAGGUUGACAUCGCUGUCACUGAGUCUAUCCGGUAUACAAAAAGAUAUCCAGAAAAUGGCCGCGGCUGACUCGGAGACAUUCUGGAAACGGCUGACCGAACAAUGGGGCACAUGGCAAGAUGCAGCCCUUUACAAGGCGCUUGAGAUGGACCGGAAACGCUGGCUGCUAUCGGCCUUGUAUAGCAUCAAUCCCGCACCGGAUGCGGGUAUUCCGGCGACGAACAUUGAACGUCGUAUCCUCGCCUUCUUUGAGACCCAAGCUACGGCAUCAUACAUUGCCGCUCUCAACGCCGGCACUCCUGUCCACCACAUGUCGCCGAGUCCGCUCUCCAACAACCUGUUUCCCAACGUCGUGCCCAAGUUGUCUCCCUCCUUCUCGUGCACGGCACUGUCCGCCUCGCCCCAGGCCUUCUCCGACAUCUAUGUCCAACCACUGCCAGCCCUGGUGUCCGCUAGCGACAUCCCGCUCGUUCUACGCAAUAUGCACCGGGCGCUCACGCCGCAGGGUACCUUGCACCUGCUCCUCAUCGACCCGGCUCCUGCACGCAGCGUCACUGGCCCACGACUACAAGCCUGGCUCGAUGAGCACUUGUUGUUGAAUUUGGAGCGGCAGUUCCGCUGCACGAGUCCCACGCGACUGUUUCCAACAUGGUUGCGAGACGCACAUUUUCAGCUCGGUGCCGGUUCUAAAGUUGUCUGCCCGUUUUCGGCUGUAUUCAAGGAAGAAGAAAGGAGGAAAACCCAGGAGGAGACGCAAGAACCAGCACAACUGCCACCACAGCCACAAGAGCAGACAUCACAAGAGUCACCGAUAGUUUCAGAAGACCUGCCAGAACAGCCAUCGGAACUAUCCGCGCCAGACGCACCACCGAACAACAAAGGUCGCUUACAAAGUCUCGUGGGCCAGAAGCUGUGGCAAGAAAUCUGGGGGCCGUAUGUCACGGCGAACAAGUGGUGGUGGGAGGACGAGGCCUGUCGUGAAGAAUGCCUCCGGUUGGAAACGGUGUGGGAGUAUCACAUUGUGGAUGCUGUUCAGAAGGAAAGGUAUGUAGCGAGUCAGCUGUGA